AUGGCCGUGGCGAACGAGACGGAUUUGGAGGUUGCUCGCGAGGAGGUUGCAGCCAAUGCCGAAAACUGCGUCAAGUUCGAAGAGCUGAGGACUACCAGCAAGCCGUCCAAUGGCCAAUGCGUUGUCGUGGGCGGUGCUUGCGUGCCGGCACAGGCGCUUUGCAACUUCGCGGAGCAGCUGAACCAGGGCAAGGUCGUCACAGCGCCCAAGGAGACUCCGGAGGAUGACCGGGUGGUGCUGCUGCGAGCGCUGGCUGCAGAGGUUGGGACUGCUGGCUUUGCUGACAUUGCCGCUGCCUGA